AUGCUUGUUUUCGAAGUUCCUGCAAUUUUUUUCUCAAUUCUAAUCUUUGUUCACAUUGCUCUGAAUCAUGAAGCUCGUUCAAAACUCAAAAAUCAUGGAUGGCUUGUUUUGAUUACCACCAAUUUCUUUCAACUUGUAAUUGAUUUACCAAUGCCAAUGAGUUAUUAUCGUAUGGAUGCUGUUUGGCCAGCAUCCAAUACAUAUUGUGUAUGGUGGACAUGGUGUGAAUUCUCAUUAAAUGCCAUCGGGUUAUUUCUAAUGACAUGGAUUUCCAUCGAACGACAUGUACUUGUUUUUCAUCCACACACAAUACUCCAAAAUCCAUGGAAAAAAUGGAUUUUUCAUUUCAUACCGAUCAUUAUUUGCUUGCUCUACACAUCUAUAUUUUAUUUUGUAUUAGUAGUCAUUAGUCCAUCUUGUACAACUGUAUGGGAUUUUAAUUCUAUUAGUUGUGGCCCUCCAUGUUAUUUCACAGCAAACUUUCUCGGUCAAUUUGAUUUCAUCUUCAAUGUGGCCAUUCCCAUUAUCAUAAUUAUGCUUGCAAAUGUAGCAUUAGUGAUUCGAGUGAUCUAUCAAAAAAUGUCUCGUCAUCAAAUAAUACAUUGGCAACGACAUCGUAAAAUGGUACUGCAAUUAUGGAUCGUUUCAUCACUUUACAUGGCAUGUUGGCUACCUGCAACGAUAACAGGGCUCAUCCAAACAACUGUGAUGCCUUCAUUUAUGAUCGAUCAAAUGGACACGAUUGGGCUCCUUAUCUACUUCAUUCCACUUUUUUUGCCAAUGAUAUGUCUUAGUACACUGCCAGAAUUGGUCAAGAAAAUAAUGAAUGUUGCCAUACCAAAGUUAAAUGUGAUUGGUAUUGCUAAUGUUAACCGAGUUACAACACAAGCAACGCCGAAUACAAUCCGUCAAUAA